UUCAUUGCGUCUUGUGAGUGUGUGUGUGUGGGAGACUGUAGACUGAAGUUUUUAAUUGAGAGAGAGAGAGAGAGAGAAUAGGAUAAAAUUAAAAAAAAAUGGUGGGUAUGGAUUGGUUCAAAUGUGUGAUGACAAUGAUGAUGGUGUGGGUUCUCUUUUGUGGUGAAGCGGUUUCAGCAGCUAAGUUCGAGGAGCUUUACCGCUCAAGCUGGGCUAUGGAUCAUUGUGUCAACGAAGGCGAAGUCACUAAGCUCAAGCUUGACAAUUUCUCUGGAGCUGGGUUUGAAUCUAGAAACAAAUACUUGUUUGGUAAAGUCUCUAUCCAGAUUAAGCUCGUCGAGGGUGACUCAGCAGGAACCGUCACUGCUUUCUACAUGUCUUCCGAUGGUCCUAACCACAACGAAUUCGAUUUCGAGUUCUUGGGAAACUCCACUGGUGAGCCUUAUCUAGUCCAGACCAACGUCUAUGUUAAUGGAGUUGGAAACAGAGAACAAAGACUCGGUCUUUGGUUCGAUCCCACCACCGAGUUUCACACUUACUCAAUCCUCUGGAGUAAACGCAGUGUCGUAUUCAUGGUAGAUGAAACUCCAAUUCGAGUCCACAAGAAUCUUGAAGAUAAAGGUAUCCCAUUUGCUAAAGAUCAAGCCAUGGGAGUUUACAGCUCNUUACUUAUCCUCAAAAUCAUUAAUGAUCAAACAAGUGAAAGAAGGCAAUGGAAUAAGGAUUUGUGGGAUAGGUCUAACUCAGANUAA